AUGGGUGGAAGAGGGAAUGGAAACAUGGGGCACCAUGGGUGGAAUGGUAGGCAUGGAAGAUAUAGAAACUAUGAGGAGGAGAUGGAGCCGCGGUAUGAUGAUCCCACCAAGUCUAUCAAGCACACAUUUCCCGAGUUCCACGGCAAGUUUGAUCCCGAGCCCUACUUGGAAUGGGAGUCACAAAUGAGCAAAAUUUUCUCACUCCAUAACUUUUCGGAAGGUGAUAAGGUGAAGGUGGCAAUAGCCGAGUUUCGUGGCAAUGCGGAUACAUGGUGGAAUGAUACGAUGAGGAGGAGAAGGAUGGUUAGGGGAGGGGAAGUGGGUUCGUGGGCGGAGUUGUGUGAGCUCAUGAGGACUACCUUUGUACCAAAGUCCUAUUUCCUCCGACUUCGAGGGGAGUUUCAAGAUUUGAAGCAAGGGACGAAGAGCGUAAUGGAGUACUACUAUGAACUCCUAUCAUUGAUGAGCAAGGUAGGGGUGGAGGAGCGAGAAGAGGCGACUCAAGAUCGAUUUAUCCAUGGCCUUAACAUCAACUUGAAGCACAAGGUGCAAGUGGAGGCAUUGAGGGGAAUUUCCUUGGAUGAGGUGAUUGGGUUUGCCGACACUUUUGAGAGGCAAAGUAAGGAGUUGGUUUCUAGCCGGGCUAAAUGGGCGUCUAGCCAAACCGGAGGGACGGGGACUAGCAAGUGGAGUGCUCCCGGCAAGAAGGUGGAAAACAUGGCCAAUCCAAACACGCAAGGGAGGCCGAUCGCGAAGGCUUUACCGGGUACUCAACCUAUUAAAGCUAUAGCCCCUAUGGAAGACAAGAAGGUUCAAUGUUUCAAGUGCAAGGGGUAUGGCCAUUAUGCACGCGAGUGCCCAAACCAACGGGUAAUGGUUAUCGGGCAAGAUGGUAGCGUGUAUAGUGAGGAAGAUGAAGAAGAUGGGGAGGGUGUGGGCACUAAAGAAGUGAGCCCGGACACCGACAUAGCUUUUUCUAGUGGCGAAGAAGAAGAUACACCCUUAAGGGCUAUGGUUGUACUCCGAAUGCUCAAUGUACAACCCAACCUUGAGGAGCAUAAGGAGCAAAGGUGCAACAUCUUUCAUAUGAAGUGUAAGGUGAAGUCCAAGACGUGCUUGGUCAUCAUAGAUGGAGGGAGUUGUACAAAUGUGGUGUGUGACCGGUUGGUGGCCAAGUUGGGAUUGAAGGUACUUAAACACCCAAACCCCUACAAAUUGCAAUGGUUAGGGGACUCCGGAGAGUUGAGGGUGAAGGCUCAAUGUAAAGUUCCAUUGAAGAUUGGAGAAGUUGAGGAAGAAAUCCUAUGUGAUAUCAUUCCUAUGACGGCAUGUCAUGUUUUGCUAGGGAGGCCAUGGGAGUUUGAUAGAAGGGCCUACAAAAAUGGCUUCACGAAUGAGUAUUUCUACAUGCUCAACGGGUUGAAGGUUCGUUUGAAGCCAUUGCUACCUAGUGCCGUGUUUGAGGCUAGCCAACAUCUACAAAAGGAAAGAGAG